AUGCAGACGCUCCCGAGUGAAGAGCGCACGGCCUUCAAGGAGAAGAAAUGGGCUUCUCUCCUCCACGAGGGAAGCUUGGAUUCGGGGACGUUGACGAGUGCGACGGUGGCCAGGAUCUACAAGGAAGAGAAGGCAGUCCUGGACGAAGUUGAGGAUCCUUCUCAGACUCUUUGGGUAUGGGUCACCUCCCUGCUCACGAACAUGUCGGCCAAUGGUGAACUUCCGCCGAUCCCCAGCCCGACGUAUGGCAAGAUCCUCUCUUGGGCUGACAAGGCCUACAACGGCAUCCGCGAGGUGCAGGCGGCAGUGUGCGUCCAGCCGCCGUAUGUGUAUGUGCAGAUGAUGGCCAUUCUUGUCCUUGUGAACAACCUCAUGAUUGCUAUAAGCUUCGGCAUGACCCUGGGAGUCACUAUCAGUUUGGCCAAGCGUGGGCGCCAUACAGCCACUCCUGAGGUUAUCUCCAAGGACUUGCAAGAUGUUGCCAUCGCGUUUCUCAUCAGUACAGUCGGACCUUUCCUAUACCAUGCACUGCUCGAAGUGGCCGUGUGCAUUGCGCAGCCCUUUGCAGGCUGCGAGGACGAGGAUGAAAACAUGCCCGGCCGCAUUCCGACCAAGAAACUUCUGAACAUCCUCAAGAAGGACCUCGCAGACGCUGAGAAGAUGACCUGCAACCUUCCGGCUUGGAAGCAGCCGCAGUUCCAAGCUCCUAAGUGA